AGCAGCACACUAACGCACGCGCUCCCACGCUCAUUCAUUCACUCCUCCUGUGGAAAGAGGGAUGCACGGCGCGCCACGCGGAGCCUCGCGCCUUCACCAUGCCCAGCUCGCUCCAGCCAGGACCCCCGCGCGCGCGCGUUUGACUAUGAAGCGCCAUGGCUUGGUGUGACCGGGGGAUACAGGUGGUCCUGACCACGCUGGGCGCGUUCGCCGCCUUCAGCCUGAUGACCGUGGCCAUCGGCACGGACUACUGGCUGUACUCGCGCGCCUACAUCUGCAACAGCACCAACAGCAGCACGGACGAAGCGGACAACCUGCUGCAGCCCAAGAAGAGCCGCGGAGACCUCACACACUCCGGACUGUGGAGGAUCUGCUGCAUCGAAGGGAUCAACAAAGGAAGCUGUUACCGGAUCAAUCACUUCCCUGAGGAUAAUGACUAUGACACGGACAGCUCCGAGUACAUCCUGCGGAUUGUGCGAGCAUCCAGCCUCUUCCCGAUCCUGAGCACGAUCCUCUUGCUGCUGGGGGGGCUUUGUGUGGGGGUGGGACGAGUCUACAGCAGCAGAAACAACAUCCUCCUGAGCGCCGGCAUCCUCUUCGUGGCUGCAGGUCUAAGCAACAUCAUCGGCAUCAUUGUGUACAUUUCCAGCAACACCGGUGACCCAAGCGACAAAAAGAGUGAGGACAAGAAGAGCCAGUACAGCUACGGCUGGUCCUUCUACUCAGGCGCUCUGUCCUUCAUCGUGGCAGAAGCUAUAGGCGUCCUGGCUGUCAACAUCUACAUCGAGAAGAACAAAGAGGUUCACUUCAAGCGCCGCGAGUUCCUCAAAGGCGUUCCGUCCUCGUCCUCCUCGCCCUACACUCGCAUCCCCAGCUACAGGUACCGCCGGCGGCGCUCCCGCUCCAGCUCCCACUCCACCGAGCCAUCACGGGACACCUCGCCUGUGGGUCGCAAGAUGGCAGCCAGCGCAGCCUCUGCUGCCUCCUCACUGCCUCUGGGGGAAAUCUCCAUGUACACGCUGGGGAGGGAACACCCUCUGAGGCCGGUGGGGGCACUGGGCCCCUACAGCCCUGACCGAGAACCACCCAGCUUCCUGCAAGUCCACAACUGCUUCCCCAAAGACACGAAAGAUAGCGUGAAUCGCAGGACCACACCGGUUUAAACCAGUUUAAACGCACGGCGACUUUUUGCAAAGAUUCCGCCAGUUGAGUUGGCAUCUGAAGCCUGGGAGAAGAAAGUGGUUCCAGUUAAGAGCACAGUGGAUUUGUGGAAAAGUGAACAUGAAUUUUGUGAUCUGUAGAAAGAACAGAGUUACUGGCUUAACGUUGUAGCAUUCUCUGAGCCAAGUUUGGCUUUGUGGCGCUUCAUUCUGUAUAUUCGAAUGCACAGUGAGGAGUCCAGGUAGCAAUACUUCUAUGAUGCACUGAACAUUAAAAAUAUUACCCUGCGUUCACACUGGCAGGCAACAGAGCAACAGGUGGCCAUUCUUUUUCUAUUGGAGGAUGCGAUUUGUAGCCACAACAUGCCGACAAGCGAACAAAUGACAAAGUGACAGAGCAACAAGCAACGGAGUUGAAAAUUUCUCCACAGUUGGUCCAACGUCUGCAGCUUCUGCUCUACGAACGUUUGAUUCCAACCGUACUUGGUUCAUAUUCCCAACUGUGUGGUUUUGAACAUAGCAGAGAGGAUUAUAAAUGCAGUUUUUGCACUUUUUCUGUUUUAAAAGAGGCAGUUUUCUUGAAUACAGGGGCAAUUUUUAGAAAAAUAAAGCUUGGAAGAAGGAAGUGGAUAGCUCAAUAGGUAGCUUGCUAGCAUGCUAACCAGCCACGGCCACUCGAAGAGCCUCGAACGCACCCACAAGAGACAAGUGCGACUUGUCGUCUGCCAGUGUGAACGCAGGGUUAAGCCUUUGUCCCUGUAUUGAUCAAAUACAACAUUUCUUAACUUUUCUUUUUACUACGAAUGAUGUGCAAUGUGUUUGUCUGUGAGAGAGUAGAUGUAAAGGAAAAUGCCUGAAAGGUGCUAAUUCAGUCAAUGUGACAAAAGUUAUGAUCCACUGCCCCUUUUUUGAGCUUAUAUCUAGUAACAAAGCCAUUUUGUACAAAUGUGUUUCUGAACCACUGCCAUAUUGUUUACUUCUGACGUUUACAUUUCAAAAAUUCUGAUGUAUAAAACUGUGAAUCUGUCCUUUGUAAAACAUUCAGGUUUGAAGAAAAAGAAGAAAAAUCUUUACAAAAAAAAGAGAAAAAGUAAAAAUAACUGGAUGUUCAAGGACUUUCUGCUCAGGGAUGUUAUUAAUAACUGUUGGUAGGAAGGAUUUGGCGAGUUGUUUUUGGAUCAGAGUACAAAUAAGAGAGUUUUUAUAACCAACAAGAACCACAGCACAACCAUUGAGCCACACUGUAAAGAAGGCAGGCCAACUUAAAAUGAUAAGCCUAAGCCCUCAUUAGGGUCAGUAGUUUACUUUAACCUUUAACAUUUUUUAAUUAUUCUUGCCAUUUUGGAUCAAAAGGAAAAAAUAGUCCCAAAGACAAAAAGAUAGCUAAAUAAACUAAUUUCAAACUUACAUUGGAUGAGAAUUUUUAUCUGGCCUAUGUUUCUCGACGGGCUGUAGAAACUUUUGACUGGGAUUCCCGCCAUCUUGAUUUCAGUCAUCUCCAUAUGAGGCCAAGUGACAACAUUUAAAUUUUUUUUAAAAGAUCAAUCAUACUGCAGAGAAGCAGAACUAGGGCUACAUGAUAUUUAAUAUCGGUGAUAUAUAUUGUGAUAUUAAACAAUGCAGGACCCGUGACAGAACCAGCCCUGCCCCUAUCCGCAUGCUGGGAGUAAACAAAACUAGCAAAGAAAUUGAGUAAAUUAAGGUGAAGGAAUACAGACUAAACUACAUUUUACAAAACAUUGAAGCAAUUUGUGCUGCAGCUGAGUUACUUUACAGGUUUUUCAGAGGCUCAAGUUAAUAUACACCAAUCAAGCAUAACACUAUGAACACAUCCUUGCUUCUAAGCCCUUUGUUCUUCUUUUUUUUUUUUUUUUAGCUCCACUGAACAUAUAAUCCAUGCCUUUCUUUAGUGGUCAGUAGGACCACCACAGAGCAGAUAUUGUUUGGGUGGUGGGUCAUUUUUAGCACUGCAGUGAUACUAGCAUGGUGGUUGUGUGUUAGGAUUGUGUGUUGUGCUGGUAUAAGGCAGUGGAUCAGCCACAGCAGUGCUGCUGGAGUUUUUAAACACUGUGUCACUCACUAUUAUCGUCUUAAGCCCUAUCUGGAUGGGAAUAAUUUCUCAGGGGGUCCUGGGGUAAUUUUCUCUUUUAUGGGGGGGUUCUCUGUGAUUUUAUUCUUGUCCGGAUUGACCGUACGUGUUUUUCUCACAGGCUGAACUGUCUACUGUUUUUUGCUGAACUCCUUCUUUGUGUUCCUACAGUAUUUUAAGUCCCGUCCAGAUCCACAUCUCUGACUUUCGUCACCUCAGGUUUAAUAAAAUAGCUACUGCCACGUGCUGUAAUUACACUUUGGGCGCACGUUUCCAUGGAGAUCCACGUAAACACAACAGCGAGUGGAAAUGGAGGAGCUACUGAACGCGAUGUCACGUGACCGAGAAAAAAAGCCAAAAAACCUCACUGGUCCUGCUGUGUUUUCAAUUGCAGACCGGACGCAAGAGUUUUAUCACUGAGUAAAAGUGUGGAAUAUUUUCAUGGACGUCCCCCUGAGAAACUAAUCCCAUCCAGAUAGAGCUAUAGUCAGUUGGCCUGCCUUUACAGUGCAGUAUCGAGGUAUGGUUGUCGAAUUUAUAUGUUCCAUUUUCCUAGACCAUACUUUCUUUACUCUGACUCACUUUUAAGAUACUUUUCAUCUUUUCAAGAUACUUGAUGGGCAUCUUUUGGUGCAUAUGGUCUAAACACUUGGGCUGUUUCAUUGGGGUUUAUGCCAGAGGCGGCUAAUGCUACAUCCCCUCAGUGCUGAGAAGAUCGCUGGUAAGCGGAAGCAUUUGGCUAAUGAAGCAAGAGCGAUUGCCAUACAACACACACCGAGUCACAAAAUGCACAAAUGCAUUAUGGCAUCCACAGGGUGGUGGGUUAAUGUGGCACGGCACUCCAAGCACGGCACUGAGCCUAGCGCAUCGUCCCUGAGUGUUCCAGGAUGUCUGUCUGAAUCUCUGAGAACAGAGAAAAAGCUGUGUAAUUAAAAACACAGCAACAACAACAAGAAAAACGUAAUAACGUCUGGCAGCGGAUGGAAAUUAAGGAUGGUCACGUUCCAGGACGAGGAUGCCACAGUGGUUGAGGUGAUGAUGUACUGUAACUGCCAAGAAGUUGAUUCGUUAUCAUAUCUUAUUGCUGUGAUCAAUCAAAAACAGACAGUUGUUGUUUCUCUGUGGAUGGUGUGAAAUUGUCUCAUAACAACAUAACCGCAGGAAAUAUCUCUCUAUUCCCAACCGUUAUCGUGGUAUCAUGGCAACGGUUAAUAAAGUCAAAGUGAAUCCUGCUCUGAAGUUGCCUAUAUUCCUGUCUACACUGAAGCAAAGUGUUCUUUCUCUCAGUCAAGCAGAAAUACUACUAAAUAUCUUUGAACAAAUAUCCUAACAUAUAAGAAAAAAACAUGACCAUGCAUACUUUGUAAUGUAGCGCUGUGCUUUCCGUUGAUCUAACACAUUUGCAAUACAUGAAUUUUCUGUGGAAAAGUAAAUGAGUGGGUGUUUAUUGUUAUGCUGUACUUUUUCUGUCUGCUCUCCUUGACUGACUGUGUAGUUCACCUCAAUAAAAAAGUGAAGAUGUUCAUGUUUUACCUGA